GUCAGAGCGUGCCUUGGGAUCCACACGAGCAACACAAAGUAUCGGAGUCUAUUACGGCACUCUACUACGAGGGCAAGGAGCACCCACGGAAGUCGCCCCUGCAGGAUUACUUCACGGAGGUUCACAUGGGGAGUUGAAGGACCAGCAUGAAGCGAAGUCAGUUAAAUAUGUUAGCAUCCCCGGGUUUUUGGUUACUUGUAUUUUUGUGCGUAACUGAUUCAUCUCGUGCUGCACCUCGCACCGGGGAUAACAAUGACUCGCCUAUCUCAAGGCGUCCGCGUGCGGUCUCCAAUGCGCCUUUGGAACUGUACAACACCACCACAAUGCCAAACCACUUACCCGAUGAUAAACUAGGGAUGUUAACUGUUUCUGCCUUCUCCAGAACAACUCCGACCACCAAGACCCUAGGAGAAGCUAUGACCCCGUCCCUGACAACCACCCUUGGCACUUUUACAGAGUCCACUAAAACAAUGGAACCUACAGUAAAACGCAGGGACGUAACCGCAAACAUUAAAAUCACAACAGAGGCUGAAGCAGUUGGAACUACUACUAUGUACCCACGUAUUUCAAGUGCCUUACCGAGCAUUACUGGAAAACCAGCUGAACACUCGACCCCCUCCGUGCCAUCCAGUACGGAGAUCCUGAAAAGCACUGCCGUGCCACCUGUCCCCACUACUAUGGACAAUAGGCAAGAUCUCGGAUGCAACUGCAGCGCUGAGGGCACGGUGGACUGUAACCUGGAGACGGCCCAGUGCGUCUGCCUGGAGGGCUACGCGGGCCCGCAGUGCGACGGGUGCGAGGAUGGAUACUUCAACAACGGCUCCACCGGGUGCCUGCCCUGUGGAUGCGACUCCUUCGGAGCGGUCAGCACUCUUUGUGACAGCUCGGGCAUGUGCCAGUGUAAAAACGAGGCGUGCGGGACAAAUGAUGAUUGCCACCUGGCUAGCUUCCACUUCAGCAGCACGGGUUGCCAGCCAUGCCAGUGUAACAACCACAGCAACUACUGCCACCCCCAGUCAGGCAUCUGCGUCAACUGCCAGGGCAACACCAAAGGCCCCGCCUGUGAGGAAUGCAAGUAUAAUUUCUACCGGACGCCCGGCUCGCCGCUCACAGACCUCUGCACUCCCUGCCCUUGUUCCAGCGUCACCUCCACGGGCAGCUGUCACCUCGACGAGAGCCAUACUCCGGUGUGUGACCAGUGCAAGCCUGAGUACCAGGGCCCAAACUGUGAGCAGUGCCGCGAUGGCUUCUACAACGCAGACAGCAUCUGCCUGCCGUGCAACUGCAGCGGGAACGCCGACCCUCGCACGUCUCCACGCACAUGCAACCCCGACACGGGCCACUGCCUGAGCUGCAUCAACAACACCACAGGCCUGCACUGCGAGCGCUGCCGCAGCGGCUACACUGGAGACCCACUCACACGCACCUGUAGAGCCAUAGUCAUCCCUACUCCUGAGGUCCGGACUACUCCCUCCUCCACCCAGAGCAGCAGCAGCAUCAUGAGCUCCGUCAACGGCACGUCCCCCACACUCACCCCUAGCACCACGGCCGCUCAGGCCCUGCUCACCACGCUGGGUCCGCCGACCGACAACACCACCACGGCCCCGCUGGACGGCGUCUCCUGGACGCAGUUCAACAUCAUCGUGCUGGCGGUCAUCAUCGUGGUGGUGGUGGCGCUGAUGGGAGUGGCGGGCGGCCUGUACACAUAUCGCGAGUACAGGAAUCGCAAGCUCAACGCGCCCUUCUGGACCAUCGAGCUGAAGGAGGACAACAUCAGCUUCAGCAGCUACCAUGACAGCAUCCCCAACGCCGACGUGUCGGGGCUGCUGGAGGACGAGGGCGGAGACGUGGCGCCCAAUGGGCAGCUGGCACUCAGCAGCCCCGCCAACCUCUACAAGGCGUGAAGGAGCACCCACUGACCACGCAGACCCACAGACAGACUCUUAUUCCCCUCUCUCUUGGGUGGGAAGGGGUGGGGGGCCCUCUCGUACUGUAUUCCUCUCCACAACACCA